AUGGCUACCUCAACUCUAACCUCUCUUGUAUUUUCUAUCUUCAUUAUUUUCCAUCUUCAAACCUCUAAAGCCAAACAAACAAUCUGCCAAACCCUAUCAUGCGGCGAUAUCGAUAUAACUUUUCCUUUCGGUUUAAAACAAAGUAGUAACCAAAUUCAAGAUCCUCGUUGUAGCUAUUAUCCAAAUUCCACUUUCCAACUUUCAUGCAACAACAACCAAACACAAACAAUCCUCAACCUCCCUAAUACAGACAACUUAAUCAUCAACAACAUCGAUUACAAAUCCCAAACAAUCCAAGUCAACGACCCCAAAGGCUGUCUCCCAAAACGUUACUUACAAAACAACUUCAACCUUUCUGGUUCACCGUUUAAACUAAACCCAGAAAUAUACACCAUCUAUAAUCUCACUUUUCUUCGUUGUCCUUCCAACGUAUCAUCUGAAUUGCCUUUAACACCGAUUUCUUGUUUAACCGAAGAUGAAGAACAUGAUUCGGACAUGUCGGUUGUUGUUUUAUGGGGAGAGGCUAUUGAGGAUACAACGAUGGCUGAAACAUGUGAGGUGGUUUCAAAGGCUUUUGUUCCGUUGCCGUGGAUGGAUUUGACUGUGUGGCCGUUUUGGCCUGAUAUUAACAGUGAUGUUGAGUUGGUGUGGAAUAAACCUAGAUGUGAGAAAUGUGCAGUUAGUGGUCAAGUUUGUGGAUUCUCUGAUGAUGAGAAAAAUGGUCUGCAAGUUGAAUGCUUCCCUGGUCCUUCCAAUGGAGGUUUGUCUACAAGUGCCAAAUACUGCAUAUCAAUAGGACUUGGAAUACCAGGACUUGUCAGUCUAUUUAUAAUUUUCGGUUUUAUCUGUCGUAAAAUGAGAACAACCCCACCUCAUAAUCAAAGUUCAAAUCAUCCUACAAUAACAGUUUCCUUACAACCACUCCCUUCUUUUGUAACUGGCCUUGAUGGUGCCACAAUUGAAAAGUAUCCCAAAAUUCUUAUUGGAGAGAGUGGACGUUUAUUGAAGCCUAAUGAUAAUACUUGCUCAAUUUGCUUAUCUGAAUAUGAACCUAAAGAGACAUUGAGAAGCAUUCCUGAAUGUAAUCAUUAUUUUCAUGCUGCUUGUAUUGACGAGUGGCUCAAAAUGAAUGGCACUUGCCCUAUAUGUAGGAAUUCACCAGAAGUAUAUUCUUCUAUUUCUCCUUAUUUUUCUUCAUUUUUGUUGUCACCAAACUCAACAUCGUUGACAUCUUCAUGA